UGUGAUUGCGAACUGUCAAAUUCUGAAAUUUUUGUGUUUAUUUUGCAAAACACUUUUUCGGUGGACAAUUUUUGUUGUUUUCCGUGUUUGGCAGAACCAUGGCUUCACUAAUUCAAGAUUAUGAACAGCAAUAUGCCGUGCUCAGUGCUGAAAUCACAUCGGACAUUGGGAAAAUCAAUCGAAUAUCUGGAGUGGAACGCAAAGAAUUGAUAUCGUCAGUAAACAGCAGCCUGGAUGAGGUUCAAGAAUUGUUGGAACAAAUGCAAUUGGAGAUUCGCGAUGCGAACGCAAGCAAUAAGACCGGACUGACGAGUCGUUUGAAUUGCUAUCAAGCCGAAUUGAAGCGAUUGAAACAGGAAUUUGUCAAUGCAAAGACUAAUCGCAACGACACCACCAUAUCGAUCGAAUCAACAGAUUACGACCAUAUGGGCGAAAGCAUCAACGACGAACAGCAGAGACGACUGCUGGACAAUUCGGAGCGAAUCGAGCGUACCGGUAACCGUUUGGCUGACGGUUAUCGAACGAUACUGGAAACGGAACAAAUUGGCGCAACGGUGCUACAGGAUCUGGCUGAGCAGAGGGAGCAAAUUCAACGGUCGAGGUCGAGGCUGCGUGAAACUAACGAGGAUCUGCGAUUGUCGUCACGGAUCAUGAAUUCAAUGAUCGUACGAUCGCUACGGGAACGAGCCAUAUUGUAUGGAGUCGUCUUCUUGUUUAUUGUCGUUGUCAGUCUGAGUAUUUAUUUGUCGGUGGCAAAGGACUGAAGGAGCUGUAUUUAAGCCAGAACGGAGGGUAUUUUAAGUUCAAAACAUUUCCUUUAACCUGUAUGCAAUGUAAAUUUAUUGACCGGAUGUGAUGUUCACUAAUUUAUUGUAAUUAUAUUGAUAUGGUCGCCAGCA